UUUAAGAAUUAAUAAUUGUUUUAAUUUAUUUUCCCUCCUUCUAUUCUCUCCAUCCCUCCUCGCUCCAACGUUGUCACAGAACUCUUCUCAGCAAAACCCUAGUACUCUUUUUCCUUCUCUUUCCUCCACUCUUCCGUCUACUACUUCUUCUCCAACAGACCCCCCAAAACCCAAAUUUCAAAGAACCAUCCGUCAAAAUGUCGAUGUCGAAGAGCUCUAAGAUGCUUCAGCACAUCAACUACCGCAUGCGAGUCACAAUCCAGGACGAUCGCCAACUCGUCGGCAAGUUCAUGGCCUUCGAUCGCCACAUGAAUCUCGUCCUAGGUGACUGCGAAGAGUUCCGCAAACUACCCCCAACCAAGGGGAGCAACAAGAGCAACGAAGAUCGACUGGACCGCCGAACCCUAGGCCUCGUCCUCCUCAGGGGCGAAGAGGUCAUUUCAAUGACCGUCGAGGGCCCUCCCCCUCCCGACGACUCUCGUGCCAAGGCCGUUGCUGCCACCGGUGGUCCUGGCGUUGCCCGUCCCGCUGGCCGUGGAAUCCCUACUGCGCCGCUUGUCCAGGCCCAGCCCGGUCUCUCGGGACCGGUUCGCGGUGUUGGUGGCCCUGCACCGGGCAUGAUGCAGCCCCAAAUCUCGCGCCCGCCUAUGCCCCAGCUCUCUGCUCCGCCAAUGACGUACCAGAAUGCCCCACCACCGGUGAUUCGGCCACCUGGGCAGGUGCAGGCGUAUCCGGGCCAGCCGGGGCCUCCACCGAUGAUGCGAGGUCCACCUCAGUUUGCUCCGAGACCGGGUACUGGUCCGCCUGGACAGUUCCAAAUGCCACCUCAGUUUGGACAGCGGCCGAUGGUUCCGCCUCCGCAGAUGAUGAGAGGACCGCCGCCUCCGCAGCGUCCAGGAAUGCCUGGCCCACCACCUCGUCCGGGUAUGCCACCUCCCCCUGGUGGUGGUGGUGUUCCUGUUUUUGGCCCGCCUCGUCCGGGUAUGCAGCCUCCGCCAAACCAUCAGCAACAGCAGCAGCAGUGAUCAGGGCUAUUUUUCGAGUUUUGGUGGUGCUGGAAGCCUGGAAGAUAAGAUAUUCAGCAGAAAUACCGUCUUCUUCGGGUCAAAAUUUGCCAAUGGUUUGUAUUAAUGAGAAAUUCUCCUUUAUUAGGCAUCAGAUAUAUUUUGGCAGAGCAGGUUCCCAAGUGAAUUUAAAUGCAAGUCAAAUAACCAUGACAUUUAAGUUCUUGAUGAAAACUGAAGUGCCUUUACUUUGCCGGUGACCUUAGAGGUUGGUCCAAUGGAUGAAUGGAUUGCUUUCAAUUAUCAUAUAUAUAUAUAUAUAUAUAUAUAUAUAUAUAUAUUCUUGACUAAACUGCAGUUAUUUGACUUA